AUGAAUGCAAGAGAUGAGUCAUAUAUAAAGCUAAAAUCUUUGGAGUUCCGGGAAGUUAUAGGUGCAGGAGGUAAUGGAGUCGUUUAUAAAGUUUAUGACCCAAUGUAUCAACGAGAGUUUGCUUUAAAAUCGAUUUUCGAAAAAAAAUUCAGACAAAACGAAAUUGAUUGCAUGAAACAAGUAGACGAUCCGAAUAUAAUCCGCCUUUAUGGAUAUGAUUAUUAUGAUGGAUCUGUCUACUUGCUCAUGGAAUACUGCCCUAUAUCUUUAGGUGGAUUUUUACGAAAGAAUCCAAACUUAACAGAUGAACAAAUCAAAAAGUAUUCAAUCGGUAUUCUUAAAGCAGUGCGCGCUUGCCAUCGCUGCAACAUAGCCCAUUUAGAUAUAAAACCGGGUAAUUUUUUGAUCGAUGAAUACGAUAGAAUUAGAGUUUGCGAUUUUGGGAUGUCUUCAAUCUACAAUGAUAACGAGCAUGAUUUCCAUUGUGGCGGCUCGAUACCUUUUAUGGCACCAGAAAUAAUUUGCAAUAGACUUGUUGACCCUUUGAAGGCGGAUAUAUGGUCAAUCGGCGUAACAUUUUUCAUGCUUGCCACAGGUCGAUUACCAUGGCCAGGAAAAGAUCGACAUACUCUUUGUCAAAACUCAAUGACAAAGGCUCCUUGCCUCGAAUAUAUUAAAGAUCAAGCUUAUGCUCAAAUUAUUAAAGUUUGCUUAAAUCUCGAUCCGGAUUGUCGACCAACCAUCGAAGAUCUUUUAGAUUUACCGAUGUUUCAUGAAACAUCUGCUACUAUUAUUAAGAGAAGGGAAAAUAUUAAUUUACAAAUGGCAAAUAGAAGGAAGAUUUCAGCUCAUCGAUCGAUGAUGAUCUGUAAGCCAAGAAUUAACUCAUGCAGAAUUCAGCUUUAA